AUGGCUGAAGAUGGUGAUUUAAUGUUAAUGAACAUAGAUAUAGCCGAUUACGGCGACCAAAUUGAGCCAGAGACUGCCAAGAUAACGGGUGGACGAUGGAAAGACAGAAGAAAGAUAAAAAAAAUGAUUAAUGGGAAGAAAGAGGGUCCUAAGCGGGCUUCGGUGGAUGAGGGCAUUGUUGCAGAGGCUAAAAAGGUACUUGACUUUGAUUUCGGGCGGAAACGGGCCAAAAUUGACGAGAAAACCAGUACUAAAACACAGCAAAAUGGUGGAAAGACGUCUACAGAGAAUGAAAGGCCUGUGACUUUGAAUAAACAAAUCGUAUCGUCUUUGUUCACGUCGCGACGCGAAAUAACGACCAAUUUCGACGACAAUAAACACUCGAACCAGGAUUCCAUCGACCCUUCGAACGCACCGUUGCAACAGGACUCAUUCUCGGCCAUGGAUAUUCCAGAACCGCUUUUAACGCAUAUUACGGACUCCAUGAAGCUUGAAAAACCGACGCGAAUUCAGAAAAUGAGCAUUCCGACCUUGAUGUCCAAGGAUAACGAUUUGUUUUUGCAUGCGCAAACCGGAUCAGGCAAAACACUUGCGUUUUUGGUGCCAAUAGUAGCACGAAUCUUGCGUAUUGAGGGCCGGAAAGAUCGUAAAUCCGGCUGCAUGGCAAUGAUCAUUGCUCCGACAAGAGAACUUGCCUCGCAGAUUUACUCUGUGCUGUGCCAUUUAACGCGCUGCUGUCACUACUUGGUGCCGUGCCUGCUCAUUGGCGGUGAGAGAAAGAAAUCUGAGAAAGCAAGGCUGCGCAAAGGUUGCAAUUUCAUAGUUGGCACGCCGGGCCGUAUUUUGGACCACCUAAAGAAUACCCAGGUUAUUAAGGAACAAUUUGCGUCUUCUUUAAGAUAUCUGGUUUUCGAUGAGGGUGAUAAACUGAUGGAACUUGGUUUCGAAGAAACUAUCAAUGAGAUAUUGCAAUUUCUUUAUUCGAUAAAGUUGGACACUAGUAAUUUCCCCAAUUUGCCCUCUCGGCUGGUGCACGUCCUGUGUAGUGCCACUUUGAAAGGUGGUGCCAACAAACUUGGAAAGCUGGCGCUCAAGAACUAUCAACUAAUAAGCAGCGGACAGAAGCAACAAGAAGUCAACUCCGUACCUGACCAGUUAGUACAGAUGGUUGCCAUUGUACCGCCUAAAUUGAGGCUAGUGACAUUAGCGGGCUUUUUGAACAACGUCACGGCUAGUCAUUUGCAGGCCACGGACGGCAAUCGCAAGACAAUGAGAACCAUCGUGUUUCUGUCCUGCUCCGACAGUGUCGAUUUCCACUACGAGGUCUUCUCAUCAAGCGAUGAAAACCACACGGGGCUUGUCGGGGAUACUGUACGGAUGCUGAACAGGAACAACACAAUUUUGCCCUGUUUGAAAAACGCUGAAGAAAAGCCAGAAGUGAUCUUUUACAAGCUCCACGGUUCCCUGUCGCAACAAACGCGUACUGCGACGUUACAUAAUUUCGCCAGCGACUCCGAAACGACCCGUGGCAAGCAUCUCGUCAUGUUCUGCACCGAUGUCGCGAGCAGAGGUUUGGAUUUGCCCAGUGUUAGCACCGUUAUCGAGUUGGAUCCGCCGUUCACCGUUGAGGACCAUUUGCACCGCAUCGGCCGUUCCGCUCGUGCAGGUGUGCGUGGUGAAGCGCUCUUGUUCUUGCUACCGGGUGAAGAAGAGCAGUACCUAGAACGUAUCAAGCCGUUCCAUCCGCUCGGAUGGAAAAUGCUCAAAUUCGAUCAGGAUAUUUUAAUCCCAGCGUUCAAAGGGGCUGUUAUAAAGAGGAGCGAUGGUCCAGCGACCGAUGAGGUUACCGACUGGGACAGCAACGCCACCACUUGGCAUUUGAACGUCGAACGUCGUGUGCUCGAAGACACGCCCUUCAAAGAAGCCGCUGCAAAAGGGUACACCAGCCACAUUAAAGCCUACGCUACCCAUUUGUCGCAAGAGAAAAAAUACUUCAGUCUCAAGAAUCUUCAUCUGGGCCAUCUCGCCAAGAGUUUUGCACUUCGGGAAAGACCCAAAGCUCUGGGAGCUGCUGGUACCAAGAGAAAGCCCGAUCAAACGUCGGAUAUAAAACCUAAGGAAACCGCAAAGGCCAAAAUGAUGAGAAUGGCACGGAAUGCGCUAGACCAAGGAAGCAGUGAAUUCAAUUACUAG